AUGAGUUCCGUACAAGAAGAGAAAGCACUUAAUGAGAAUCCAGCAAAGACACAUGUGCGGGAUCUGAGAAAUACGGAGUUAGUCUCCCGUCUAUUAGCAGCUACGCCACCUUAUUUAUACAGCGCUUUGCCUCUACAACCACAUGCAUUUUUCUUCAGCGAAAUGCUGAGAUCUUUCGUUAAUGCACGCCACGGCUGCCGACCACCUCAUUAUCAAAGACGUAUUAAGCGCCGGUCACACAAGUACUUUGCGGAAAACGACAAUGACUUGAGACGAGAGUGGCCAAAGCCAGAAGAAGAAAAGAAAGAACCUGAGAUGCGGCCAGAAGUGCCGUUAGAGUUAACUGUAGAGAAACAUUCAAGAGUACGCGAGACUUCACCUCCAACCCUAUCGCCCAAGACUGAACCAGCAAAACCGAGCGAUAGUCCUGGGCCACCAAGCCGGCAGUCCUCCUUUGUCGAUGUAGGCACAGAAGAAAUUCCUAAACCUUCCCCUUGCGUUGGACGUAACACUGAAGCUACAACAGUCCCUCAGUCGAACUUAAUUCUUCCACCUCCACCUCCGAUGUGGUACCCGCCUCUCUACAACCCACAAUUUGGAGUUGAUCCUCUAAAUUUUUUUAUAGAUCUACGCGUAUCCGGCCACAUUUAUGACCGGAAGCGAGCUGCACCUGAAGUUAUGGAGACUAACCAAGAACCACGUGAGGAGUCAGGUCUAGAUAAACGGUUAGGUAAAGAUUUUGGUCAACGCCCUCGGCAUUUGUCGGCUUUCUCCGUGCCGGUACGUUCAGGAAACGUGGAAGCAGAAAAAUAUUUUGACCAUGCUAGCUCUAAUACUCAAGGAAAAAUAAAUGGUACAUCGUAUAUUAUGAGGAAUCUUAAGAAGGUAUACGAAGACAUUCACAAUAUGCAAGAUAUGAAAGCAAAUAAGCAGAACAAAGACGAUGAUACAAAAGCCGAAUCAUCAGACGUGGAUGACGACAUAAUCGAUUAG